UGGGGUUUGCAUGUCCAGAUGUGACGGCCCACCUCACUGCAUUAGAGCACUCUGCUUUGGAAACUAAUGCAGCAUUGCGACGCUGUUUUUGUCACACUCCGCUUCUGAUAAUCAUUUGACAGAGAUUGUGUAGCCAUAAGGUGAGCAGUGAAGUAAAAACUGAUAUUUUCAUCAAACGCGUGUCCUGCUGACGCCAUCUCUACAUGCGCGUGGUUCCUGUUCACUUGUUUCCGGGGGAACGUACCUCGCGCGCAGGACCGUCAUGGUCAGCUGAUCUUUGCGGAAGGAUCUUCAGGCCUUUAGGAUCUCCAGCAGUGAGCGCUUCGUUUCAGCUCCGAGCGAAACCUACCGAGUACACGGAAGCCCGCAGACGUCUGAACGCGGUCCUUCACCUGUGCGAGAGCUGCUCCAGCAUGUCUGCGCCACGCUCGCGGCGGGCCGGGCGGGUGCUCGUGGCGCUUUGGUUCCUGGUGACGCUGUCGGUGCAGCAGACAGAAGCCAAGAAUUCCGAGGACAUCCGAUGUAAAUGUAUCUGCCCCCCCUACAAAGACAUUGAGGGACAGAUCUACAAUCAAAAUGUUUCCCUGAAGGACUGCAACUGCCUCCAUGUUGUGGAGCCCAUGCCAGUGGAAGGGAAAGACGUGGAGGCCUAUUGCUUACGCUGCGAAUGCAAAUACGAGGAGAGAAGUUCAGGAACCAUCAAAGUGACCAUCAUCAUUUACCUUUCUGUGCUGGGGCUGCUCCUACUCUACAUGGUGUACCUCACCCUGCUGGAGCCCAUGCUGAAGAGACGUCUUUUCGGCCACUCGCAGCUCAUCCAGAGUGAGGAUGACGUCGGGGACCAGCAACCCUUCGCUAACGCCCACGACGUACUGUCUCGCUCGCGCUCUCGUCCCAACAUGCUGAACAAAGUGGAGCACGCGCAGCAGCGCUGGAGGAGGCAGGUCCAGGAACAGCGCAAGUCCGUCUUCGACCGCCACGUGGUGCUCAGCUAGAAGCGCUCCCCCUGCUGGACUUGCGGCGCGCUGUUCGGAGGUUCUGGGCUCCUACUGGCUGUUGGCCAGCAAUCCCCCUCCAAAACGCGCGGUGAUGCGGCUGUAUGUUUGUCUGUGAUUUUGUCCUGGCCACCAGGAGGCGCUGUUCCUCUACCUGCCACCUAGCGCUCCCACUUAGCAUUUAACACGAUUUAAAUUUUUUUUUUUGCUUCAUUGAGGAAUAUUCACACGACAUUGUUCACGCUUCUCUAAAUAUGGAGGUAGACGUGCCACUUUCGACAGAAGCUCAAAGAAUCCCUUUAUGCUUGUUGUGGUCUUUUUAAAUGUGAAUUUUCUAUUAUUUUGCACAAUCUGAACAACACAAACUUUGGACUUUCAAAUAAGCAAUAUUCCUAUUCUUUAUUGGUGACCUGUGUUCGUUUUUUUUUUUAAAUUAUACAGUUCAUUAUAUUAGAUAUAGCAAUCCCAAUGCCCCCACUAUCUGAUUUUUCCUUUUAUCUUCCAUCAUAAUCAAUGUGUGCAGUUGGUCGUGUACCGUGUUUCGCUCGCUGUGUUGAACGCUUAAAGCAUAUCCUGGCAUUUCCAGCCCUUGGCUUCUCAUGUGUUACACAUAUGACAGAUAUUGAAUAUGUGAUUUAUAGUUUCCUCUUUUGUCUCGAGUAAAUACACUGUUCAUACUGGUUAUUGGGGACAAUAUUGCCGUGGCGUUUUCGUUAAAUGAAUAUCGUAAUCCGCCGUUUUGGCUAAUGGUGUGGUAGAAGUGUUUAAUGUAUCUCUAAUACUUGCUAUUCUUCAAUCCAAUUCUGUGUAAUUUGUGAAGAUAUUUUUGUUUAUUUAAAUAGUUGUGCAUGUUAACACUUCAAGCAUAAAACCCUACAUUACUA